AUGAGCUGCAGCAGCGUUGCAGAGUCUGAGUUUUCGGAGGAAGAGUCGGAGCUUGGUGCACUCAGCCAAAGUAAGGACGAUGGACGUCCAAAGACGUCAUUUCAAGACAGCGAGAGCUCAACAAGCAGUCCGAGCGACCCAGAGGAGGGUCAGACCAAGAAGCGCAACAGACCAGUCCGCUCUAAAGCUCGACGGGUGGCAGCCAACGUGCGUGAGCGAAAACGCAUCAUGGACUACAACCAGGCCUUCAAUGCCCUACGGGUCGCUUUAAAUCAUGACCUUUGUGGCAAGCGACUCUCAAAGAUUGCCACACUGCAAAGGGCCAUCAAUCGCAUCUCUGCUCUUUCUGUAUUCCUGAGCACAAACCCUCCCAGCAAGCCUUGCACCCAUCAGGAGUGCAACAGGUCAACUGCAGGACCAGCAGUGAUGGCGGCAUCUCGACUCCCGACCAAGGGUACGGUCCCGCGCCUGGAACAUCAGAGUUACGCUCCCUGGCAAGCAUCCAUCUCCCAUCAGAUGCAGUCACAAGAGGGUCUGCACAUGGACAGGCUCCCUAUGGAACCACAUGUCUACAUGGAUAACGGUGUGUCGUCAUGCCCCCCUUCACCACACUACCCUUGUUAUCCUACGGAGGGACAGCUUUAUGCCUCACACGGCCACUGUGGCAGCCCUCAUGACUAUCCGCCUAGCCCACUGCGAUACUCUCAGGUGGGUGAUGGGUUGGGGUACCAACCCGGAAUGUGGGGCUCCUGCACUCAAGGGUACAUAGACGCUUUUGUAGCGCCGUCUCCAGCUUUGGGACAUCCCUGGCAGAUGAACUUUUGGCAGGAGCACGAGCACAACCUCUCCACCGGCUCAGACAUACUGUAA